AUGCCAGACCCUCAUCUCGACAUCACGGCCUCGCUCCCCGCUUGGAACCGUUUGAACAAUGUCGAACUCAUCGAUGUCAUCCCGAAGGAGAUCCCCCAAAGCGGCUUCGGGUUCGUUGCCGACCGCGCUCUGAGCCGCGCCGAGGAGGCCCUGGACUCGCCAGCAUUGGCAAGGAUCCCACGUGGACUGGUCUUGUCCAAAGAAGCCGUCGACGAUCACGCCAAGGUCGAUGGACACUUCCGAGUCCUGCUGGACGCUGUGGGCCGCAAGUCCACCAGAGGAGAUGCUUGUCUGUUCCUCCUGGUACAGAAGGUCUUGGCCGCUCAUCCGCAGUCCGGCGUCGUUUCAACACCAUGGACAGAGUACGUCAAGUUCUUGCCCCGUGAAGUUCCCGUCCCGACCAUGUGGUCGGAGCAGGAGCGGGACUUCCUUCAGGGGACGUCGUUAGAGCUUGCCGUGAGCGCAAAAAUCCAGGCUCUGACCAACGAGUUUGAGGCCCUACGAGAGAAAUCGUCCGAUCUCCCUUUCUGGAACGCCAUCUUCUGGGAUAAGAACAAUGUCAUCUUGGCCGAUUGGUUCCUCGUCGAUGCAUGGUACCGCUCGCGCAGCCUGGAGUUGCCCGGCGUCGGCGUGUCCAUGGUCCCGGUCCUCGACCUGGCGAACCACGCCCCCACGCCCAACGCCUACUACGAGGAGAGCGCGAGGCGCGAGGGCGACGUUGAGCUGCUGCUGCGGCCCGGCAGCACCCUCGCUGCGGGGGAUGAGGUGACCAUAUCGUACGGCGCGGGGAAAUCCGGGGCAGAGAUGCUCUUCAGCUACGGCUUCAUCGACCCCGCACGAUCCACAGACACCGUCGCCUUACCGCUGGCGCCCCUGGAGGACGACCCUCUGAGCAAGGCAAAGGUCCACAUCUUUGGCGGGCCGAGGACUGUCGAGCUCACCCGGACGAGCGGCGGUGCCGUGACGUGGAAGAGCCCGUUCGCGUGGCUCGCGUGUCUCAACGAAGAGGAUGGCCUGGCGUUCGCGAUCCUGCAGGACGUCGGAGGAGGUCGGGACCUAGGGGUCUUCUGGCAGGACAGCGAUGUGACGGCGCGGGCAGACGAUUGGGAGACACUUGUCCAUGACCAUCCGCAGUACAAGAUCUUCAGACUACGCGUCGUGGCCGUCCUCGAGGACCGUGUGGCUUCGCAGCUCGAACGCAUGCAGACGAUGGAGCUUGACCCCCGCGACGCACCACCAGGCGAGUCACACAGCAUUCACACUGGGUGUCUUGAUGCCACCACAACUCUGAGGGAACAAGAGGCUAGUGUUUUGCAGGCGGCUGCGCGAGCCCUCGAAGUAGAGAGAGGCGAGCUCCUCACUGACGAUUCGGUACUGGCGUAUCUCGGAUCGAUGGAGAUUUCCCAAAACGAACAAGUGGAAGAAACGGCGUCCAAUGACAGCGACGACUUCAGUUAA